ACAAGUAUACGCCUUUUCUUCAUCAAACAGUGCCCAUCUAAAUACUCCUCAAGGAUGAUACCUGAACGGAAAGUCGCUAUUGUCACCGGCGCCAACACUGGCGUAGGAUAUGCAAUUGUGCAACGUCUCGUUGAAGAAUCACCCAAUCCUCUUACGGUCAUCCUUGCCUGUCGAAACAAGGGCCGUGCAAUGGAGGCCAAACUCAGCCUUGAAGUACACUUCGCAACUCUACUUCAAAAGCGACGCCAGAUCCAAGAGGAAUAUAACAAAGGAAGCGAAAAGAAUAAUAAGCGCAUUGAGAAAGAAAAUGGGACCACUAAAGGAUCAUCAAGAGGAACAGAGUUUCAAAAGACAGCCAUUGAUAUGGAUCCAAAAGUAGAAAUCUCACUAGUGGACGUUGGAAGCGUUAAUUCCGUUCUAGAAUUCAAUCAACGCAUCCUACAACAGUAUCCUCGGAUCGACUAUUUGUUCUGCAACGCAGGGAUCUUACCGUCCGAUGGCAUCAUAUGGUCCAAGGCCUUAAUCGAAACAUUCACAGCCCCCAUGAACCUGGUCGUUCGGUCCGAUGUUCUGCGUCAGCCUAAGCAACACUUGACUCAAGAUGGGAUCGGCAAUGUCUUGGCUUGCAAUGUCUUUGGUCAUUAUGUCAUGAUUAAGGGAUUAGAAUCAGCGCUGAAUAACACCCCUGAAGAUCCUGGACGAGUCAUUUGGACCAGUUCAUUGACUGCAGAGAAAGCAAACUUCGAUAUCAAUGAUUGGCAAGGACUAAAAGCUGAACAACCUUACGAAUCAUCCAAAUGGGUCACAGAUAUGUUGGCUAUCCGUCUGAAUGAGAUGUGGGGUCAACAACCUGCAGGGACAUCAUCGGAUGUCUCGUCUACAACAGACUCCACGACAGUCACAAAGCGCAUGACUCGAUCCGCAUCUAAGGCUACACAUGCCGAAGAGCUUAAAGACAACAUGAACCCUUCCCCUACGACAACAGCUGUAGGUCCAUCCGAGAGGAAGAAUAUCAUCUCCAUCACCACACAACCCGGAGUUGUUGCCUCAGGUAUUGGAGGAUUAGCUGCUUGGAUUACAAUGAUUAGGAUUGCAUUGCAUCUUAUGGUUCGAUUAAUGGGUGAGUCCCACCAGACGGUCACAAAUUAUCAUGGAGCCUAUGCCAAUGUCUAUGUGGCGUUGAAGCCUGUAGAAGAAAUCAACUACAGAAACAAAUAUGGAAGUGGGGUCACGAGAUUAGGCUACGAGAGAUUGAAAGUUGAAAAGGUGGUCGAGUAUGAUGAAACUCAGGCAGAGUUUGUGGUAGAUAAGAUGGAAAAGCUGCGACUAUCAUUCACAUCCUCACGCUGAAUAUAACAAAUAUGAUCGCGAUAUAUUUACUCUUAAUAUUACUUACUAGAUUAGCAGAAAGAUAAUAAAUGAAAA